AAGACCAAAAAAAAAAAUAAAAGGGAACCAUUCCAUCGUUUUUACUUUUUAGCGCUCCAUUCAAAUAUUCCGAAGCAAAAACCCGCGAAACCAAGAAACGAGAUUCAGAACAAACUUUUUCUUUCCCGCCAGAACCAUAACAUUGGGUGCUCAGUGAGCCCCUAAUCUGAAAUCAGUCCAAGACCCAUUAAUCAUCUUCCACAGUUCGUUCAAGUUCGGCCUUCUUGAAUGCAGGUUUGCAAGGCAGGAAAAUUAUUCCGAUACUUUUGUGUUUUGAAGAUUGAAGAUGUAUGGGAGAAAAGCCAGCCAAUUGGUCAAAGAAAUUGCAAGCGGCGAAAAGGGGCAGCUCACACCUUUCAGUAGUGACCUAUUUGAUGAAGUAAUUGAAGAAUGUAAACAGCAUUAUCAUGAGCUUGAAUGCUUGAUAAGGAGAAUGGAGGAACAAGGAUUGAAUGUCGAGACAGCUAAAAAUGAGGAUCACUAUGGGGCACUCAUCCACCACCUCUCUUUAGUUCGCAACAAACGCUGUUUGAUGGCAUACCUGUACAACCGAGCAGAAAUUUUACGAGCUCUGAUGUGGAAGGUAGGGUCUGUAAUUCCUGAAGAAAUAAAAGAGAAACUCAGCUACUCAGAGAAAGAGUACAUUGCAAAACAUUCAGCAUCUUUAAAAAAAUAUAUGGCAAGUGUGGAACUCGACUUGGAAGUGGAUAUGGUGCCGCCGAAAGAUCCCUACAUCAAGGUGAGAGUUCUUGAUGACAUGGGUGGAGAGAUACUACUCAGCGAUGACAAGAAAGCAAAUUUUAGUCGUCACUCAAUGCAUUUUCUUAAACGAACUGAUGCUGAACAGCUCAUCUCACAGGGCAAGAUGGAGGAGCUCAAAGACUGACCUAACGGGCAUGACCUGCGAAGUCAUUCUUCCUCAAACUCUAUAUAUUGAGUUGUUUUAUUAUAAUUGUCCUUCUACUGUUUCUUAAUAGUGUUUAUAUUUCUGGCUAUACCAGUAAAACAUGUUAUGUGCGGCAGUUCCCUGCAGAAAGCAUGAUAAUCAAGUUCAAAGGUGUAAAUGAGUGCAAAUAACUUUGUGGUACUCCUUUGAGUUCUCAUCUCCAUUACUAUUGUCAUAGUCAUGUUUAGUCAGAAUUCACUUGA